ACAACACACACAUUCGCCAUGUCCGAGCCCUCAGACAUAAACGCGCGCCCCGCAAAACGCGCGCGCCUUGACGAGCCCUCCGCAGAGGCGCUCCCCAAAGCGCCAAUCGUCUCCGACACGCCCACCAGCACCAACGAGCACGACCUCGAGCGCGAAGCCAGAGCCGGCAUCACCGAGUACGUGUGCCCGGACAACCUGGGAUUCACCGGCGUGCUAAAGCAGCGGUACACGGACUUUUUGGUGAACGAGAUUGGGCUCGAUGGAGAGGUUCUGCAUUUAAGGAAGGCGGGUGUCGAGGGAAAGCCCGAGCAGAAGGAGGAGGAGGAGGUAGUGACUGCCAAGGAGAGCGCGAAUGGCAACCCCAAGAGGAAAAUAGAGGCGUUGGAGGAGAGCGGUCCUGUUGCGAAACUCAAGCUCGAAGAGAGUGUCGUGCAGGAGACGACUGUUGGGAGCGGAAUGGGCGCGGUCCAGGAGAACGGAGUUGCGCCGCCUGCUGAAACGGAGAAUGGCCCCGCCAACAAUGCGCCAACCAGCAAAGAGGCAGUAGAGCCUCCAAAAGAAGACGAGACUUUCGUGGUACAGGAGGCGGACUUGGCAGACCUUCAUGCAAUCUUUGGAGAGGAUACUACCAAGGACAUCGUUGCGCUUGUCCGUGCGAUACGCAGGAAAGAAGACCGGAAAGCAAAAGACUUUAGAGCUGUCAUCGCGCCUCCAAUUACAGAUAAAGACGUUCGUACACGCGCUCACCAGUCGCUACGCCGGAUUUUCCCCAAUCUGCUCGAAAGCUCCAUGGAGGCCGACCAGUCGCUGCGCAUUAAAGCGGUUCCACCAAAGGAACGCAAAGGGAAGAACAAGAAGGAGAGGGGAGAUCGAGGCAACAACCGUGAGAACGGCCCGGAUCGCCGAAAAGGACAGCUUGCGUGGGAAGAGCUGGGUGGUGAAUACUUGCAUUUCACGCUAUACAAGGAGAACAAAGACACCAUGGAAGUCAUCGGCUUCUUGGGUAGCAAGUUGGGUGGAGGUAAAAACCCGUUUAGCUUUGCAGGCACGAAGGACAGGCGCGCAUGCACUGUCCAGCGUGUUUGCGUAAAGCGCCAGACUGCCGAGCGCAUAAACCAUUUCAACAAGAUGCUCUUCAGUGCGGCUGUUGGCGACUACUCGUAUGAGAAAAGAGACCUUGGCCUAGGCGAUCUCAAAGGCAAUGAGUUCGUCAUAACGCUACGUGACUGCCACUUCCAGAACGAAGAGGGGCUGGACCUGGAGCAGCGCGUCAAGCUUGCCAACGACAUUGUUUCAAAGGCGAUCACAGACUUCUCGAAAGAAGGCUUCAUCAACUACUAUGGUCUGCAGCGAUUCGGUUCCUUCGCAGCUAGCACCGACACCGUGGGGCUGAAAAUGCUCCAGAACAACCUGAAAGGCGCAGUGGAAGAUCUGCUAGCCUACAGCGAUACCGCGCUCGCUGCUGCCGAAGGCAGGCCGGAAGACCCCUCGAUCAUGAUAUCGCAGGAUGACAGAAACCGCGCAAAAGCUUUACACAUCUGGAAAACCACCGGCAAAGGCGGUCCUGCUCUCGAAAUCUUACCAUACAAGUUCAAGGCGGAGCGAAGCAUCGUCCAGCACCUAAGUUCCAGGAACAGCAAAAGCGGAAGAUACGACAGGACGAGCGAUUGGCAGGGCGCUCUCCAGAUUAUCCCACGCCAGCUGCGUCUGAUGUAUGUGCAUGCCUAUCAGAGUCUCGUGUGGAACACAGUAGCUGGCAAGCGCUGGAGCACGUACGGCUCUAAGGUCGUGGAAGGUGACCUCGUUCUUGUUCACGAGCACAAAGACAAGGAAGCCAAUGCCGAAGUCGCGACUAAGGACUCCAUUGAUCAAGACGGCGAAAUUGUCAUAAACCCCGCAGGCGACGAUAGUGCUCUCGCAGCGGACGACCAGUUCGAGCGCGCCCGUGCUCUGACCGCAGAGGAAGCAGCGAGUGGACAGUAUACCAUCUUCGACGUUGUGCUGCCGCAGCCAGGCUUCGACGUCGAAUACCCAAGGAACGAGAUCGCCAAGUUCUACGAGGAGUUUAUGGGUAGCGAGAGGGGCGGAGGCCUGGAUCCGCACAACAUGCGCCGGCCCUGGAGGGAAGUCAGUCUGAGCGGGGGUUACAGGAAGUUCCUUGCCCGGCCGCUGAAGCCUCUUGAAUACUCAGUCCACAGCUAUUUCAGGCCUGAGGAGCAGUUUGUCGAGACAGACUUGCAGAAAGUGAGGAAGGAAGAAGGGAAGGAGGAGGUGCAGAAUGGGGAGGAUGUCGAGAUGGCAGACGAGGCGGCGAAUAAGAUUGCAGUGGUGCUCAAAAUGCAGCUUGCAUCUAGCCAGUAUGCAACGAUGGCGCUGAGGGAGCUGAUGAAAGCGGGCGGCGUGAGGGCGUUCAAGCCUGAGUUUAUGGGUGGGCGGUAGUAGGUAGAGAAGAAACCACC